UGACUCACUACUAUCGAAUCAUUCAAAGGCGGGCGUCGGCCCGGGUAUAACUUGGAAGUAAUGAAAGUUUGACCUGAAACUACGGAAUAUAUUUAGUAUUUUAUAUAAUAGUUGUAUUGCGGAUUUAUUUGUCCAUUUUUGACACGUGGAUACAUUUAUUUUCGUUCUCAGUGCACAAAGUUAUUUCACUUUGAAAUUUUGGUGACCAGUUUGGGUAUUUUCAAAAUGGCGGCUGGUGAUGAUCCUUAUGCGAUGUCGGGCAUGACUGACCAAGAAAUGAAGUAUUUGAUGGUGGACAAAAGGGUCAUCAAUGAUCCUACGACGCAGGCACAAUGGGCGUCAAAGAAGCUCAUCUUUGUGCCACAUGAAGUACAGGGUUUUGUUACUGCAAGCAUUAAGGCGGAAGUCGGUGAUGAAAUUGAGGUUCAGAUAGAAGAGUCAGGAAAGAGAAUGAGGUUUCACAGGGACGAUUGUCAAAAGAUGAACCCUCCAAAAUUUGCAAAAGUUGAAGAUAUGGCAGAACUGACAUGUUUAAAUGAGGCCUCCGUCCUUCAUAACUUGAAAGACCGAUAUUAUUCUGGUCUCAUUUAUACUUACUCUGGCUUGUUUUGUGUAGUGGUCAAUCCAUACAAAAGGUUGCCAAUAUACACAGAAAAGGUGAUAGAACUGUAUAAAGGCAAAAAACGUCAUGAAGUGCCACCCCAUGUGUUUGCCAUCACAGAUACUGCUUACAGGAGUAUGUUGCAAGAUAGAGAAGACCAGUCCAUCCUUUGCACAGGUGAAUCAGGUGCUGGUAAGACAGAGAAUACCAAGAAAGUCAUCCAAUAUCUCGCUUAUGUUGCAGCUUCAUCACGCACACAACAACGCACCUCUGUCUCUAAUGUCCACGUUCAGGGAAUUGACGAAAGAAGUCAUAUCAUGCACAGAGACAUCAACCUCGGAGAACUUGAGAAUCAACUGCUACAGGCCAAUCCAAUCUUGGAAGCUUUCGGAAAUGCUAAGACUAUCAAGAAUGACAACUCCUCAAGAUUCGGAAAAUUUAUCCGAAUCAAUUUCGACACAUCUGGAUAUAUAUCUGGGGCCAACAUAGAAACAUAUUUACUAGAGAAAUCUCGAGCUAUACGACAGGCUGACCAGGAGAGAUGUUUCCACAUUUUCUACCAGUUCCUUAAUGGGGCCACGGCUGCACAGAGAAAGGAGUUCUUGCUAGAGGAUAUCAACAAUUACCGAUACCUGACCAAGGGGCAGAUUACAGUAGGUGGUAUUGAUGAUGCAGCUGAGUUCCGACUAACUAUAGAAGCUAUGAACAUCAUGGGUAUUACGCCUGAAGAACAAUCUGCACUUCUCCGGAUAAUGUCAUCAGUGUUGCUGUUGGGAAACAUGAAGUUUCAGCAAGACAGAAAAUCUGACCAGGCCACACUUCCUGACAAUACAGUGGCCCAGAAAGCGUGUCACUUGUUAGGGCUUCCAGUAACUGCUGUUACCCAAGCAUUCCUUCGUCCAAGGAUCAAGGUGGGCAGAGACUAUGUCACCAAAGCUCAAACCAGGGAACAGGUUGAGUUUGCAGUGGAGGCUAUUUCCAAGGCGUGCUAUGAACGUAUGUUUAAAUGGCUUGUUAUAAGAAUCAACAAAUCCCUAGACAGAACAAAGAGGCAAGGAGCCUCGUUCAUUGGUAUCUUAGAUAUAGCUGGAUUUGAAAUCUUCAAGGUUUGGCCAUUCCAUCCCGGCACUGUGAUGCGAAUGAAUUCGUUUGAGCAACUUUGUAUCAACUACACAAAUGAGAAGUUACAGCAACUGUUCAACCAUACUAUGUUUAUCCUGGAACAAGAAGAGUACCAGAGAGAAGGAAUAGAGUGGAAGUUUAUCGACUUUGGCUUAGAUUUACAGCCAACAAUUGACCUCCUAGAAAAGCCAAUGGGUAUUUUGGCGUUGUUGGAUGAAGAAUGUUGGUUCCCGAAGGCAACUGAUAAGACAUUUGUGGACAAGCUUAUUGCACAACAUUCCACACAUCCCAAGUUUGAAAAGCCCGACUUCAGAGCUGAGGCGGACUUCUCUAUGAUCCACUAUGCUGGCAAAGUGGACUACAGUGCUAACCAGUGGUUGAUGAAGAACAUGGAUCCCCUGAAUGAGAAUGUUGUCUCCCUCCUACAAACCUCCUCAGAUCCAUUUGUUGCUGCAAUCUGGAAAGAUGUUGCAAUGGCUGUAUUGUCUGAGAUUGUCGGUCUUGGAGCUGCUGAUGGAGGAGACACAAUGUUUGGGGCUCGUACCAGGAAGGGUAUGUUCCGAACAGUGAGUCAGCUGUACAAGGAACAGCUUGCCAAGUUAAUGGCCACCCUGAGAAACACUAAUCCAAACUUUGUCAGAUGUAUCAUUCCAAAUCAUGAAAAGAAAGCUGGUAAGAUAGACUCCCCACUGGUGCUAGAGCAACUAAGAUGUAAUGGUGUGCUGGAGGGUAUCCGUAUUUGCAGACAGGGCUUCCCGAACAGAAUCCUCUUCCAGGAAUUCAGGCAAAGAUAUGAGAUCCUUACACCUAAUGCUAUACCUAGAGGAUUCAUGGAUGGCAAGAAAGCUGUAGAAAAAAUGAUCAAUGCCCUAGAACUUGACCCUAACCUGUAUAGAGUAGGUCAGAGUAAAAUAUUCUUCCGUGCCGGAGUGUUGGCUCAUUUGGAGGAAGAGAGAGAUCUCAAGUUGACAGACAUCAUCGUUACGUUCCAGGCGUUGUGUAGAGGCAUGCUUGCUAGAAGGGCUUUCUAUCGUCGCACACAACAGCAGAGUGCAAUCCGAGUUAUACAGAGGAAUUGUGCAGCAUAUCUCAAAUUGCGAAACUGGUCAUGGUGGAGAUUGUUCACAAAGGUGAAACCUCUGCUGCAAGUGACUGGCCAGGAGGAAAAAGUUCAUACAUUGGAGAAUGAGAUGAUGAAGUUCAAGGAUAGUUACGAGAGACAAAAACAGGAGACAGAGGAAAUGGAACGUAAAUAUGCUCAGAUCAUUGAGGAAAAAUCAAUCCUUGCAGAACAACUUCAGGCUGAGACAGAAAUGUGUGCAGAGGCUGAGGAGUCUCGACUACGUCUGUCACAGAAGAAGGAGGAGUUAGAAGACAUUUUGCAUGACAUCGAGUUACGUAUGGAGGAAGAAGAGGAAAAGGUCGCUGCCAUGCAUGAUGAAAGGAAAAAAUUCACUCAAACUAUACAAGAUUUAGAAGAACAACUUGAGGAAGAAGAAUCAGUUAGGCAGAGAUUACAACUUGAAAAAGUCUCGGUAGAUGCCAAACUAAAGAAGUACGAAGAGGACAUUGCAAUUCAGGAUGAUGCUAAUCAAAAACUAAAUAAGGAAAAGAGAAGUUUAGAAGAGAGACUGAACGAAGUUAGCUCAUCUCUUGUCGAGGAGGAAGAAAAGAGUAAACAAUUAACAAAAUUGAAAAACAAAUAUGAAUCUAUCAUAGCUGACUUAGAGGAAAGACUACGCAAAGAGCAGCAAGCAAGGCAAGAGUUGGAGAAGAUAAAGCGACGUCUUGAUUCAGAGAUCGCUGAUCUUAAGGAACAGCUAAAUGAGAAGAGACAACAAGUUGAAGAAUUACAGUCUCAACUAGCUCGAAGGGAGGAGGAAAUACAAGGAGCACUACAGAGAGUUGAUGAGGAAGGUGUGGCCAAGUUUACCAUACAGAAACAAAUGAGAGAAAUGUCAAAUCAGAUACAAGAACUGGCUGAGGACCUAGAUACAGAGAGAGAUGCUAGACAAAAAGCGGAGAAACAGAAGAAAGAUCUGAAUGAGGAACUUGAGGCUCUGAAAACGGAGCUUGAGGAUUCCCUUGAUACAACUGCCGCUGUCCAGGAUCUGAGAGUGAAGCGUGAAGAUGAACUGAAGGACCUCAAAGGCACCAUAGAAAAGAACCAGAAAACUUACGAAACUCAGGUCGCAGAUAUGCGUAGUAAACAUCAACAACAGAUGGAACAGUUUAAUGAAGAACUAGAAAAUGUUAGAAAGACCAGGGCCCAGUUAGAAAAAACAAAAGGAACACUUGAGGCAGAGAACCAAGACCUAGCUAAUGAUCUCAAGCAAGUACAAAUGGCAAAACAGGAAUCCGAACGAAAGCGUAAACAAGCAGAAGCUGCUAUUUCGGAAUUGAAUAUCAAAUUAGCAGAAUUGGAAAGAAUUAAAAGUGAUCAAGGAGACAAAAUAUCAAAGAACACAACUGAGCUUGACUCUUUGUCAACACAGCUGGAGGCUGCUGACACUAAGAACAUACAGCUUUCCCAGAAAUUGUCCUCUCUAGAGGCCCAGCUUGCAGAUGCACAGGAAAUGGUUCAAGAAGAAACACGUGGGAAGUUGGCAGCUCAGGCUAAACUACGACAAGAAAAUGAAGAGAAGGAAUUGCUGAAAGAGAAAUUAGAAGAAGAUGAAGAUAGCAAACGUCUGUUGGAGAAACAGGUCCAGGAUCUUCAACAGAAGAUUGUUGAAGUUAAGAAGAAGGCUGAAGAGGAUGCCAAAAAUAAUGAAGCACUGGACGACUACAAGAAGAAAGCAAGUCGCGAGAUGGAGACCUUACAGGGACAACUGGAGGAGACUCGUGCAGCUGCAGAUCGUCUGGACAAAUCACGCAAGAAGUUACAAGCAGAGGUGGAUGAUUGCAAUAUGGAGCUGGAGAAGCAGCGUUCUAGUGUUCUUAAUGCAGAAAAGAAGCAACGCAAAUUUGAUGCUCUCCUUGCUGAAGAAAAAGCACACAGUGAAAGACUGCUACAAGAUAAGGAGCUUAUUGAGAAGGAGAGCCGUGACAAAGAGACUAAGAUCCUGAACUUGCAGCGUGAGCUCGAAGAAAUUCGUGAUAGGUUUGAACAGUUGGAGAGACAGAAGGCUGCACAACAGAGAGAAUUGGAGGACUUGUACUCGAGCAAGGAUGAUGCUGGCAAAAGUGCUCACGAGCUUGAGAAGUUGAAACGUAACUUAUCUGAGCAAGUGGAAUCACAACGCCUCCAGAUUGAGGAGCUCGAAGAUGAGCUUCAAGCAAGUGAAGAUGCUAAGUUAAGAUUGGAAGUGAAUAUGCAAGCAAUGAAAGCACAGUUUGACAGAGACCUUGCUGGACGUGAUGAUGCUGUGGAAGAGUCUAAGAAAUCUCUAAUCCGACAGCUCCGUGAAAUGGAGGCAGAGUUAGAAGAUGAGAGGAAACAGAGGGGAACUGCAGUAAACGCUAGGAAAAAGCUUGAAGGUGAUAUAAAAGAUAUGGAACAACAAGUUGAAGGAGCUACUAGAAUGAAAGACGAUGCCAUUAAACAGUAUAAAAAGAUUCAGGCCCAGAUGAAAGAUUUUGGCAGGGAGUUGGAUGAAGCCCGUAUGUCGCGGGAUGAGAUGCAGGCACAAUUCAAAGAAAAUGAAAAGAGACUGAAAAAUCUAGAAACCGAUAAUCUUAAACUGCAAGAAGACCUAGCAGCUGCCGAGAGAGGAAGGCGAAAUGCUGAAGCAGAAAGAGACGAACUUCAGGAUGAGUUGGGUAGCAACACAACAGGAAAGUCAGCGCUGCUGGAUGAAAAACGUAAAUUAGAAGCACGUAUUAGCCAGCUGGAAGAUGAACUUGAUGAUGAACAAGGAGCUAAUGCAGAUCUUCUCGACAAAGCACGCAAAGCAACUAUGCAGUAUGAGCAGUGUCAGACUGACCUACAGUCAGAACGAUCAGUUACUCAGAAACUGGAAACCCAGAGAAUGCAGCUUGAGAGACAGAACAAGGAUAUGAAGGAAAAACUGUCCGAACUUGAAGGCCAGAUUAGAACACGAACAAAGGCAACUAUAGCAGCUCUUGAGGGCAAGGUGUCCAACUUAGAAGAACAAUUAGAUCUAGAAACUAAGGAAAGGAACACAUUACAGAGGGCUAACCGCCGUCUGGAGAAAAAACUCAAGGAACAGGCUAUACAGGCAGAGGACGAGAGACGCCAUGCUGACCAAUAUAAAGAACAAGUGGACAAGAUGAACGCCCGCGUGAAGGCUUUGAAACGUCAAGUUGACGAAGCUGAAGAGGAAGUCACAAGAAUGAAUGCUCAGAAACGUAAAAUACAGCGGGAUCUAGAUGAUCAAAUUGAACUCAAUGAAUCUGCAUCAAGGGAAAUCUCACAACUCAAAAAAUACAGCAGAGACAGCAGGAUAGUUGAAGACAAAGAAUAAUUGUUUGGCCAUCUGCAAGAUCGAGUGCAACACGAUCAGUUUUGUCAAUGCGCAGUAAUAUAUCACCACUUGAUGAUGAGGAUGAUGAUGAAGAAGAUGAGGCCAAUAAAACGAACGACACUACUGCUUGAAACCAUGACAACCCUGUUAUUUAGGAUAAUAAACUAUAUUUGCAAUUAAUACUGAGCAAUAACCUUGUGUACAUGUAAUCUAUGGCACCUUGUUAAACAAAAAGAGGCAAAUAACAGCUUCAUAGUAUUUGAAGAACAAUUUCAAAUGAAAUGUAUGUAGGUGCAUGGAGCAAAAAAAAAUGAAAUGUUUUUUUUUUUAAAAAAGACAAAAAAAAUUGUACAAUAUCGUAAUAUUAUACCAUGUAUAAUGUAUGUGUAUUCUCUUAGUUUAUAUGUAAACAAGUGAUAAUACUGUACCUAGGUGCCUGUAUAAUUUGUGAUAUAAGCUAAUUAACAUUAGUGUGAAGGGGAACAACUCUAUGUAUGCAUGUACCUUUUUAUUUGUUAGGAAUAUUAUUCCAUUUCUUUCUGUCUGCUGUUGUUAUGAUAUAUACAAGUGCUAAUUAAUAAAUCAUAUUUUUGUAUUUUGUUUCCGUUUUUAUGCAAGCCAAGCUCUUAGUGUAACUAACAUACCUGCUUUGCUUUUCAUUUAAAAUUGGUGUCAGAAAGUUAGUUUUAUUUUAAUGUAUGCGCAUUUGUUGGCAAAUUUCAUGAAAUUUAUUUUGCUAGUGCACCAAUUCUUAAAAUUGUUAAUCAGUUACUUUAUCUGGAUUUGUUCCAGCAAAAUAAUAGGAUUAUUGAUAUAAAGGUAGGGGAUAAAGAGAGAUAGACAAUGUUCCAAAAUGGCUGGUGUAUUACUUCUUUAAAUCUUCGUUUAUUGCACUAUGCCCGCAGUGGAAUGAUUAUUAUUACGAUAGAUAAACAGUUAUUGUUAUGUGGUUAAUGAAUAAACUAGGUACAACUUUAUCUUGUUAUUAUAAACAGUAAUCUAGUUAUAUAACAUAGACAAACAUACUAAUGGAUGUAGCAAAUUAGUCUAGAACAAUGUUCUCCAAGGUAAUUACUAGGAUGAACAGUUAUUUUAAACAGUAUAAGAAACAUUAAUCCCUGCAAAUGCAUUCCAUUAAAUACUUUUUUAUUAUUAAUUAUAUAACCUACCACAUACAGAAUUUUGUUAGUUUUUUUUUUGCGCUUUUGCUUUGAGCGCUUUAAAGUGAUUUAGUGAUUUAGUUUUAUUGUUUUUGUGAAAGUGUGGUGUUAAGUUACAAAAAAAUGUGAUAUGAGGAUCAUGUACACAGGCAAAGUAGAAACUUGUAAGGUUUUGGCCUUUUAGUGAAGUGGUGGUGCAGCCACAAGGGUUUAAGAAGUAUGUUGAAUUGAAAUGAGAAUUUUUCUGUCUCAAAAGCUGAUAUAGUUCUUGUUGGCCAAGUUUGAUGGAACUGGAGUGGCAAGACCUGAAGCAAAUCCUGUUUUGUUAAGGUUCAGAAUGGUGAAUACAGUACUAGAGUAAAAUCUGUUCACAAGGUCACCUGUGAACAGAGAACACUUGACUCAAGACCAGUUGUUUCAUCUGAGUUAAAAAUUUGCAGGAUGUAUUAGCCUGAGAAUACAGACCUGUUCUUGGCUUUACCAGUAGUGGUCUUCACAUAUUGGUUUGACUGUGUAGUAAGGUUUAGUUGCAUUUGUUCAAGCAUACUGUAUUCGCACUAACUCUGGAAGAAAAUAGUUAUUGAAUUUCAGUUGAAAAGAAUUAGAUUCAUUAAUGGUUUAAAUACUUGUUAAUUGUUGAUGUUAUUUGUGGAAGGUUAUUGUUUGUCGAUUACAACAAAUCAUAACGUUGAAGAUAGUUGAAUGCUUUUUGCAAGGCUUUUCUUUUAUAUUUUCUUCCAUAACAAAGCAUUGAAUUUAUUAUUAUAUUGUGUAUAUACUGUUAUAUAUAUUGGCAUUGGCUCUAGCGAUAUUAAUUUGUUGUAGGUUUAAACUUUAACAUAGGUUUAGUUGUGUUUUUUUACUGUAUCUAGGUUAAGUAUUUAAUGAAAUUUUUUUUUUCACAUUAAGGUGAUAGAUCCCUAAUGAUGAUUUAAUUAAGAUCCUUUGUAUGUGGUUUGGCAUUCUCUGGUUGCUAUAGUGGUCAUGUGCCCAUUAGACCUACAGCACAAUAAUGCCAAAGUAACAUAUUAGAUAAUUCACUAUUCAGUCGUAUGGAAAUUAACAAUGGUCAUUAUGGAUCCACUACCUUAAGUUUUAACAUGAAGAGAAAUAAUAUACAAACUGCUUGUAGUAGCCAGUAGAUUGCAUAAUUUUGAAGUUUUGGAAAAUCUUGGCAACUUGUGUUCACCAUAUCAAUCAUUAUUUUUCAAAUGAUCUAAGUUCUCAGUAUGUAAUCUCAAAUUAUCACGGUUAGAAAACAUGUUUCCAUUGCCAUGGUUAGUAUAUAGGGCUUAUAUAUUGCUGCAUAUGAUGAAGUAGUGCUAUCAUUGGACAUGUACCUGACAUAGCUCACAUUCUGAUAGAUUUUUUCACAGACUGUCAUGGACAGUGCUUGUAAAUCAGUAGAUGAACUUCCUGUUUUGCUUUUCAAAAGUGUUGGUAGAUGGCUUCUAAAGAUGUUUGACUGUCACUUUUUAUACCUUUUGCUUGUUAAAUAUACUUGCACCAGUUAGACCCUUGAUUGCUUACAUUUUAAACUCAUUAAAUUUACAGCUGCUAAAAAGUGGUCUGUUAAUAUGUACAGCUUCAGAAAUUUUCCUGUGCUUGAAAAAUUCUGAAUUCAGAAUUUAUAGGAGCACACUUGCAAAUGAAAUUGGUGACACCUGUUUUCCACAUAUUUUCUUUCUGGGAUGAUUGUGCCAAGGCUUUGUACUACAUUCAUAAUUUUGAAUGCAUAUAAUUUACAAGAAAAAAUAUUCACAGUAAUACAUUAUUUUUGUUAUUUUGCAUGUAUAACAUACUCACAUUAAGCAUAUCAAAUUCUUCCUGUAGAAAAAUUCUGCCAUACACUUUUAAUGUAACACAGUGGUUCCUAUAUAAUACCCAAUGUAAAACUAUCGCCCUAUGUCAUGUUCUUUCAUUGUAGUUUUUCUACCUUUUGUUAGUUUUUGGUUAAUUUUGAAAAUAAAGCUAGUUUUCUCGAAUUGACAAACAGGUCAUAGGAUAAAGUUAACCUGGAAUUUAAAGCAGUUUAUAUGGUUUGUGUGACACAAGAAACUAUCAAAUGAAUAGAAAACAGCUUAGUUGAGAAGAGAGCACAUUCUGGGCAUUUUGAAAAAUUGGCAAUUUUGUAAAGGUUUUAUGUUUUCCAGAGAACUUUCUCCUUUCCAGAUAAUUCUGUUCUUGGAUUAUUUUUUCUUCACUUUGCUGUAGCUAUUAUAUUCAUGUAUGAACAUUUUGUAAUGGGAACAAAGUAUUUUUAUGAUCUAUCAUUAAAAAGUUUGAAAGGAAA